AUGACGUCUCACCUUGAAAAUCGCGAACACCGCGUCUCAGUUGGCUCAUCGAUCCCCCUUGCCGACCUCGAGUCUAGCUCAACCUCCAGGAGCACCGAACAUACUUCCCGCUGGAACGGGUUCUCACAGUUUCAUCCAUCGAAUAUACUCGCCAACCCACAUGCCGCCCAGGGGUCGCAGGACGACUGGCUAGCCGCUGCAGAAGACUUAUGGGUUAGGUUAACAAUUACGUUGACCCCCAGCUUCCUACAAAAGUAUGUUGGGGCUGAGCCGCCUCAGACUACAAAGCUCCAUGCGAUCGCUGCGCUUGACGGCCUGCGAGGCUGGGCCUGUCUCCUGGUCUUUAAUUUUCACUUCCUCUUCGCAUACACGUGGAAAGUCGCCGUUGGGUGGGGGUUUGCGGGGGAGAAUUGGGGAAUCCACCAACUGCCCUUUAUUCACCUUUUAAUAUCUGGGCAUAUUAUGGUGUCCAUCUUUUUCGUCAUUUCGGGCUAUGUCCUAUCCUACAAGCCCUUGAAGACCAUUCGGGCCGGGGCUUUCGAUCAAACCUUUACAGUACUGGCCUCCUCAACUUUUAGACGUGCCCUCCGCCUGUAUAUCCCAUCCAUUGUCGGUCUUGCUUGCGUCUUCCUCGCCGUUCGACUUGGCGCUUACAACUACUCUUGGGGUGUGAUAAAGGAGGGUCGCACCAUUGUCGGGACAAAUGAACAGCAUCCCCCAAUCUACAAAUCUGCCUGGAUCCAAUCGUGGGAUUGGUACUAUACUGUGGCACAUCUAAUGAAUCCCUUUGAAUGGGGCCUAUACUACAACAACUACAAUCCCCAUCUCUGGACCAUUCCAGUUGAAUUCCGCAGCUCGCUCGUUCUAUUCCUCGCAAUUCUAGCAACUUCACGCCUGGUUUCUUCCGUGCGUAUGGCCCUUAUCGCAAGUUUGACUUGGUUCUGCAUGCGAUACGGCAGAUGGGAUGUUGUCAUGUUCCUUGUGGGUAUGCAAAUGGCUGAGCUUGAUCUGAUCAACGGGACCUGGGAGCGACCGAAGAUUCCCUCUUCAACAACAGCAAGCGAUAACCUACACAUUCGCUUCCCCCCCGCUGGCGGCAAAGUAUUUCUCACCAUUUCUCGCCAGCGAUUGUGGAUAGGUCUCUUCAUCGUCGGUCUUUACAUCGGGUCAUGCCCCAAUCUUGGGUUCAGAUGGACGCCAGGCUACAAAUGGCUCUGGCAUAUCACACCUUGGACAUACCCGGAGCCCCACCGAUUUCCCCAAACUGUCGGUGCAGCCUUGAUUGUCUUUAGUAUCAAUCACUCCCCCGAUAUCCAGAAAAUUUUCACAACUCCCAUUUCCCAAUACCUCGGCAAGAUUUCUUACGCCUUUUACAUCGUCCACGGGCCCAUACUUCACUCAUUUGGAUACUCACUGAUGCCCAAUAUCUGGUCCGUUACGGGCAAAGAGACCGAUUUCCAAUAUUGUCUUGGAUUCUUGAUUGGUUGGGUUAUCUGCUUGCCAAUUUGUAUCUGGAUCGGUGAUGUAUUCUGGCGCGUAGUUGAUAUCCCCAGCGUCAAGUUCGCUCGAUGGCUCGAGGACAAACUCAUUUCGAAGAGCGCUUCGGCAUUUGCAAAAUAA